UUGGUGUGGUGACAUACCGUCAUAAGACUGCACCGUGCUCCUGUGUCUGUUGUGAUUCGGCUGCAGAAAGGGCUGCGUUUUAAUUUGUUUGAGCUUUUGAUUUUUAAGAUUUUUAAGAUUUUUAAAUCGACACGGUUCAAUUGUUUUCAUAGUUUUUACAAGUGGUGAUAAAUGUUAUAGCGUUACAUCCAAUAACAAGUCAUUUCUUUAGUUAACGUCUAUUAAAAGCUAUUUUGUGAACAAAGCGUGAAUGCACACGUGAGUAACAGAAAAAGUGUCUCAUUUCGUUCUGUAACUGUAUGUAGUAAAUCAGUUUAUCUUAAAUAUGAAUUCAGGCACUGGCAGGUAGUGAUGGAGAAAUGGAGCUUUAAGAAACUCCGAGUCAAUUGAACCAAUUGCUUCGCAAAAUGAUUCACUGAUUCGAAUCUCACGAAUCACUGCACGCUUAAGACACCUGCUGCUCAAAACAGUGUGAAUGCAACGAGAACAGUAAAACACUGAAUGAUUUCACAAAAUCAGUUGCUGUUGUUUUCAAGAUAAAUGUUUAAUCUUUUUGUUGUUGUUUUUGUUUGUUUAAAAUACGUCGUAGUGCUAUUUUGAGUGUUCUUUUUGGAGUGCCUGGAUAAUCAGGUAAACUGGAGAGGACCACUGUUCUGACCCCUUGCCAGCCCAGUAUCCUGACUAACGUACAGAACUAGGGUGCUGAGAAAACUGGUAAAACAACUGAGAUCCAUGUGGCAUAUAAAAUCAUAAAGAUGGCAUUUAUUAAAGAGGAGAGUGAAGACAUGAAGAUUGAAGAAGCAUACAGAGUGAAACAUGAAGAUACUGAGGAACAAACAGGCCUGAUGGUGCUGAAAGAGGAGAGUCAAGAACUCAGUGAAAUAGAUAAGAAAGAUAAGAAACAUAAUGACUUCAUGAAUGGAGAAGAAUCUACACAGGCUAAAAAGACCUCGUCACGAAAAAGAGUUCGGAAGACCAUAUCUAACAGCAACUUCACCUGCCGUCAGUGUGGAAGGAGUUUCAAGCAAAAACAUAAUCUUGAAGUCCACAUGAGAGUUCACACUGGAGAGAAACCUUUCACCUGUCAACAGUGUGGAAAAUGUUUCACUCAGAAGCAAAACCUUAAAGUCCAUACAAGAAUUCACACUGGAGAGAGUUCCUUCACCUGCCAACAGUGUGGAAGCAGUUUCACUCAAAAAAUAAACUUAAAAGUCCACAUGAGAAUUCACACUGGAGAGAAGCCUUACACCUGCAAACUGUGUGGACAGAAUUUUACACAUAAAAACAACCUUAAUUCCCACAUGGUAAGUCACACUGGAGAGAAGCUGUUUACGUGUGAUCAGUGUGGAAAGAGUUUCACACGUAAAGUAACCCUUAAUUACCACAUGAAAAUUCACUCAAGAGAGGACUGUUUUGCAUGUCAUCAAUGUGAGAAAAAUUUCUGUCAUAAAUUAAGCCUCAAGAAUCACAUGAGAAUUCACACUGGAGAGAAGCCUUACUCAUGCCCUCAGUGUGGAAGGAGUUUUACAUAUAAACCAUCCCUUGAUUCCCACAUGAGAACUCACACUGGAGAGACCCCUUACACCUGCAAAUACUGUGGGAAGAAGUUCUCACAAAAAGGAAACCUUCAGACUCACAUAAGACUUCACACUGGAGAGAAGCCUUUCUCGUGUCUUCAGUGUGAAAAGAGUUUUACAUAUCAAAGAGACCUUAAACAACAUUUACAGACUCAUUGUGGCAAGAAAUUGCAGUGUUCCUCAGUGUCAUAAGAAAAAAAGGAAUCAUUUCAAAAAUCACUUGUGCGUUUAAUCUGGAAGAAGUAGAUUUAUUUGCCGUCACACUAAUAAAAUG